CUUGUUCCAGGAUCUAGCUUCAACUUUUGGACACUACCAAAGUAAUAUACUUCACAAGUACAGCAAAGUUGGUCAUCAUUCCUUUGUUUAUUGCUCCACCUGGAGACAUCUUGUUGGUUUUUGAUAACCUACUUCGGGCGUGUUUGCAGGACGAAAGCAGGAAUAGUUUGGGAUUUUUCGCUAGUGCUACGCUGUUGCCUGGUAGGAUUUAAGCCACCCGUCGUGUCUGGAUUUCACAGAUUUGUCCAGAGUAGGUGACGACCCGGGCGCAGAUUUUACUUAGUAAGUACUUUUUUGUUUUAGUUUUCUACAUUUGGCAAGCUGGAGCCUCGGAGGCGUUCUGCUGGCGGCAUGGAGGACAAGGGCAAGAACAUCCAGGUGGCUGUACGAUGCAGGCCAUUCAACGCAUCAGAGCGGAAGUCUAACUCACAUGGAGUAGUUGAGUGCGACCAAAACAGAAGAGAGGUGACUGUUCGAACUGGAGGAGACAGGAGCACCAGAAAGACCUACAAGUUUGACAUGGUGUUUGGGCCGCCAUCAAAACAAAUCGAUGUCUACAAGAGUGUGGUGUGUCCAAUCUUGGAUGAAGUGAUCAUGGGCUACAAUUGUACCAUUUUUGCAUAUGGACAAACUGGGACAGGAAAAACCUUUACCAUGGAGGGUGAGCGAUCGCCUGCCGGAGAGUUUACAUGGGAGGAGGAUCCUCUGGCUGGUAUUGUUCCACGCUCUCUGCAUCAGAUCUUCGAGAGUCUCACUGCAACUGGCAGUGAGUUUUCAGUGAAGGUCUCGUUGCUGGAGAUCUACAACGAGGAACUGUUCGACCUGCUCAGCACCGCUGACAUCUCUGAACGUCUGCAGCUCUAUGAUGAUCCUCGAAACAAGAGAGGCGUCAUUGUGAAGGGAUUGGAGGAGGUCACUGUGCACAAUAAAUAUGAGGUCUAUAAGAUUAUGGAGAGAGGCACUGCUAAGAGAAAGACCGCCUGCACUCUAAUGAACAUGUACUCAAGUCGUUCCCACUCUGUCUUCACGAUUACAAUCCACAUGAAGGAAAUCACCCCAGAGGGAGAGGAGCUGGUGAAGAUUGGCAAACUCAACUUGGUGGACCUGGCGGGCAGUGAGAACGUGGGUCGCUCGGGGGCGGUGGACAAGCGCGCCCGCGAGGCUGGCAACAUCAACCAGUCUCUGCUGACGCUGGGCCGGGUCAUCACAUCGCUGGUGGAGCGGGGCCCGCACGUGCCCUACAGGGAGUCCAAGCUCACCCGCAUCCUGCAGGACUCCCUGGGUGGCCACACCAGAACCUCCAUCAUCGCCACCGUGUCCCCAGCCUCCGUCAACCUCGAGGAAACAUUAAGUACAUUGGAUUAUGCUAUUCGGGCGAAGAACAUCCUGAACAAACCGCAAGUCAACCAGAAACUCACCAAGAAGGCCCUUAUCAAGGAAUACACACAGGAAAUCGAACAACUGAAGCGUGAUCUGGCCUCCACCCGUGAGAAGAAUGGGGUUUACCUGACUCCAGAGAGUUAUGAAAAUCUUACAAGUAAAGCUCAGUCUCAGGAGACUCUCAUCACAGAGUACACAGAGAGGAUUGAAGGCAUUGAGGAAGAGCUGAAGAGGGUGACGGAGCUGUUUUCGGGCAGCAAGCAGCAGCUGGACCAGUGCAUGGCUGCCUUGCAGGAGGCAAGACUGCAGCUUCAGGCGCACAAGAGAGACCUCAGCCAAGAACAGUUUGUUGCCGCGCAGCUCGCAAGCGCAUGUGACUCCUUGCACAGCACUGCUAGUCAGCUCCUCACCACAGCCGAUGCCAGUGUCGGCGAUGUGUCUUGUCUCCACGCCAAGUUGGAGAGAAAGCGUGAGGUGGAGGUGCACAACACGAGUGUUCAGCAGAGCUUCAUCCAACACAUGAACUCCUCCUGCGCCCAGAUCCAGUCGUCCAUCCAAGAGAAUACCGCUCAGCACCUGGCUGUGGUCGAUUACUACACCAACACCACUUCCAAACUCCAUGGUACGGUGAGCGAGAUAUGCACGUUGGCCAAGCAGGACGCAGGUGCCCUGGUGGCCAACAUAAAGAGUGGCGUGGAGGAGAGCGUUCAGCAGUGCCAGAGCCAGCUUCUGGAGCAGAGCCAGCUGUGCCAGGAGGCCAAAGACUUUGUGCACAAGGCAGUGGAUGAACUCCAAGUUAAUCUGCAAGAGAUCCUGAUUCAGCGAGCGAUGCCGGGUGUUACUGCUCUUCUCGAGGGUUAUGAUGUUAUGAAGGUUGAGAUACUGCAGGCUCUCCAUGGCCUUAUUGAGAAGGCGUUAUACCUGAGGAAUGAGCAGGAGUCCCGCUUCAAAGACCAGCUGGUAGCGAUUGGCGGUAUGAGGGAGAGCGCUGUGGCUGGUUACAACAGUCUUCAGGCAGAGCUGGAGAAGAUGGAGGCCAAGAUCAGCCGAACCUCCAAGAAACAUGACGGUUUGCUGAGGCAGCUGAAGGAGCAGAUGAGCGUGCUGGCCACGACCAUUCAGGAGGAUGCUGAUGACCUGCUGGAGACCAACAGGGCCCUGCAGCUCCCACUGCAGAACCUGAGGGAAGCUGAGCAAAGCAAAUGCUUGGAGGCCGAGGAGUUGGUGAGCGGUGCUCAGCAGAGCCUGGGAUCAGCUGCGGAGGAGCUGCUCUCUCUGGCCCAGAAGGCUACUCUGGACGUCAGCCGCACCAUCGAGGAGUCCCAGGGCCACUGCCUCAGCGUCCAGACUGCCCACUCCACACUGGACAACAGCACCAUCCAGUGGUGUGCCAGUGUAAAGCAGGAGCUGGAAGCUAGGACCCAGGCUCAGGUCACACUGCUCCAGACCAACGGUGUGGCCCAGCACGAUCUUCAGCAGACCAUGGUCUCCAGAGCAGAGAGGGAGCUUCAGCAGCUGUGCCAGGGCCUUGCUAGUCAGCAGGCCUGUGCGGACGCGAUGGAGGCCAGUACGAUGGAGCGGUCUGGCCUGGACCGCCUCUCCCUGCAGCAGCAUCAGGAGCGCCUCUCCUCCCAGCUGGCGGGAACCAUGGACGCGGCACACACCUUCUUCCAGGACCUACGACAGGACGUGCCAACUGGUAUGACUCCAAAGAGGAAGGAGUAUGUGUACCCUCGGGAGGUGGUGAAGGGCCGUAGCCGAGGGGAGCUCCUCAAGCAGUUCAGAGAGGAGCAGGAGCAGAACCGCUGUACCUCCCUUAACGAGGAGGAGGAGGAGGAGGAACAGGCGGAGGAGAAGCCUAUUGAGCAGGAUUCUCUGGAUGCGGCAGACAAUGUCAGUACCUGCAGUGACAGUACAGUCAGUGAGAGGUCGUAUGGCGACGAGAACAUCAUGUGUCGGGAGGGGAAAAGGGUCGGCUUCUUCAAGAGGAAGAAGUCCAAAAAUGAGAAGUCUACACAAUCAAGAUCAACAGAGAAUCUUUCUGCUCCUGUAAGGACGAGGAUACCGUUAAAACCUAAAAAUGUCUGAAUGAAGAAUGUUGCAUUUCCUCUGUAUUUUAAUGCUUGAAUGUUUCUACAUUUUAAUGUUUGAAUGUAUGUCAACUUCAUUUUAAUUCACAUUCAUCUUUGUACUGUAUGUUUUAAGAUAUUUAAAUUUAUUUCAAUUGAUCAUGUAUUGCACAUGUUUAGUCAAACAUCACGUUAUUGAAGGGUACUUGCGGUCUUGAAGGUCUUUUAAAAUGUUUAAAAAUGUUCUAUUAUUAAGUAUUUUUAUUAUUAAAUCGUUCUGUUUUCAUACGUAUAUUUUGUAUGUAGGCCUGUGCAAUAUAUUGUAUUAAUAUUGUGAUAUCAAUAUUGCAGUCAAACAAUAUAAAAUUUCACAAUAUC